CCCGCCACAGACACUAUCAGACAAACACCAUGACCACUUCAAACGGGGCUACUACCUCACAGCACCUGGGUGUAACGCCUCCCAUCGCUACAUCGGAAUCCAACCCUAGAGAGAAGGAGGUCACCAGAACACUAUUAGAGGAGCUGAAACGGCAAGGGACGUUCGAGAGCGAAGACGAGUCCAAGACAAGAGAGAUCGUCCUGGGCCGGAUAGCAGCUCUCGUCAAGAAAUUCGUCCAUACGGUCGCCCUCAGAGAGGGGCUCAGCGAUGCCGCUGCCACUGCCGCUGGAGGCAAAAUCUUCACAUUCGGGUCGUAUCGGCUGGGCGUGCAUGGUCCCGGCUCGGAUAUCGACACGCUCUGCGUUGUGCCUAAGCAUGUGUCCCGAGAAGACUUCUUUGACGUCUUUGAACACAUGCUCAAGGACGCGGAGGGUGUCGCAGAGGUGUCGGGUGUGCCAGACGCGUAUGUGCCCAUCAUCAAGAUAAAAAUGUCGGGCAUCCCUAUCGACCUAGUCAUGGCGCGACUUGCGCUCUCGACCAUCCCGGACGAUCUGUCUUUGCAGGAUGACAACUUACUUCGGAACUUAGACGACCGAUGCGUCCGAAGUUUGAACGGCUCACGGGUGACGGACGAGAUCCUACGAUUAGUACCGAACGUCUCCGUCUUCCGAGAUUCAUUACGGUGUAUCAAGCUCUGGGCGCAGAGGAGAGCAAUAUACUCCAAUGUGAACGGCUUCUUGGGUGGCGUAGCAUGGGCUAUGCUCGUCGCUCGCAUAUGUCAACUAUACCCUAAUGCCGUCGCGGGCGCGAUCGUUAGCCGGUUUUUCAUUAUCAUGUAUCAAUGGGCCUGGCCACAACCUGUAUUACUAAAGCAAAUCGAAGACGGUCCUUUACCAGUCCGUGUGUGGAAUCCAAAGUCGUAUCCGGCUGAUAGAGCCCACCGCAUGCCGAUCAUUACUCCUGCUUAUCCUUCCAUGUGCGCAACGCACAACGUCACACAGUCAACACAAAUGAUUAUGACGGAAGAAUUCAAGAAAGCUUCGGAGAUCGUCGAUAAGGUCAUCAUCAAUAAAGCGAGUUGGUCUGACCUGUUCGCGAGGCAUGACUUCUUCCAUAAGUACCGGUAUUACCUGCAAGUCAUUGCGUCGACAGGAAGCCCAGAGCUGCAGGUCAAAUGGUCCGGCACUGUUGAGUCUCGAGUACGGCAGCUUGUCAUGAAGCUCGAGUACGUGGAGAGCCUAGCAUUGGCGCAUCCCUUCAUCAAGGGCUUUGAGCAGGUAUCGUACUGUAUAAACGAUGAGGAGGUACGCUCUGUUGCCCAGGGCGAGGUCUCUGAAGCCGUCGCGAGACGGAAGAAAGAAGACAUUGAGGGGAUUGAGGGUGCGAGCGCUGUCUACUCCACCACCUUCUACAUCGGCCUUGCUGUUGAGCCCAAACAACCGGGCGCCGUUGGGCCGCGAAGACUGGAUAUCUCAUAUCCGACGACGGAGUUUACCAAGCUCGUGAAAAUGUGGGAGAAGUUCGACGAGCAGAAGAUGGGCAUCGUCGUACGACAUAUUAAGAGUUCUGCUCUGCCUGAAUAUGUCUUCGAUGAUGGUGAACGUCAACCAAGGCUAGCCCAGAAGCGGCCUAAAAAGGAGACGACCGAUCGGUCAAGUAACACGUCGCCCGAUAUGCCGAACAAGAAGCCGCGACAUUCCCUUCCAGAGAUGUCGACCGUCACCCUCCCGCACGAAACUGUCAAAGUCUCAGAAAACGGCGAUACCCUCCCUCAUCAUGGCGUGACCUCAUCUGUGGAACGACCAACAACUAAUGGACUAUACGCAAACAACACCAAGGACUCUGCUGAAAUUAAAUCCCCUCACCUACCUCUGGGCGAGAACGUGGCCAUUGCGACAGCAACAGGUGCGCCAUAGCCCCGGUUGAUCCUCUGUCCGGAAGUCCUGCCCCGCCAUGUCGCCUAGCUUCACACCGGACCAUCCCAAAGCAUGGAAAUUCUCUUGGCCUAUUUCGCCUCACGAUACUUCGCAUAAAGGGAUCAGCUCGGAUUCCACUAUCCUUCCGUAUGGUCCUAAGAGGUAAUUUAUCAAUGGCUGUAUGGCAUUCUUGCCGUCCUCCUUGACUGCUCGGAUGCUCGUCUAGCACUCCCUUUGGCUACGUUCAUCGCUUGUUGUCGCCGCCUCUUUCAUAUCGUCUACCCGGAAACCCCCUCCUCGCUAGCAUUCGUGCAAUUAUCGGUCCGCAACUACCUUGUAUCUCCAACUGUCGAGUAGCAUCUCUGUAUUGUACCAUGCAUGCACUUGCGUAUCGUAUCGUAUAGUAUGGCAUACAUUAUUC